ACGGUAGAAUAUUUGCAGGCGGGCAAAGGGUAUCUGUUAUUUUUUUUUUGAGAUGUGGCCGUUUAGCCGGAAAGGGCCAUCUGGGUUCUCGCCAUCUUCCACAGCUGAGGAAGUUACACAGGGGACUGAUGGCACUAGUCUCACUGCUAUUGUUACAGGAGCAUCCAGUGGUAUUGGUACUGAAACAGCACGUGUUCUUGCUUUGCGCGGUGUUCAUGUAGUCAUGGGGGUAAGGAAUGUGGCUGCUGGUAAAGAUGUCAAAGAAGCAAUUGUGAAGGAAAUUCCAACAGCUAAAGUUGAUGCAAUGGAAUUGGAUCUCAGUUCAAUGGAAUCAGUGAGGAAAUUUGCAUCAGCUUUCAGCUCCUCCGGUCGACCGCUGAAUCUUCUUAUUAAUAAUGCAGGAAUUAUGACAUCUCCUUUCAUGCUUUCAAAGGACAACAUAGAGCUACAGUUUGCAACCAACCACAUAGGUCAUUUUCUUUUGACACACCUCUUGCUGGACACCAUGAAGAAAACUGCACGGGCAAGCAAAAAAGAAGGAAGAAUUAUAAAUGUCUCAUCAGAAGCUCACCGUUACACGUACAAGGAAGGAAUCCGUUUUGACAAGAUUAAUGAUCAGUCAGGGUACAGCAGUUUUGCUGCAUAUGGCCAAUCAAAACUUGCUAAUGUUCUGCAUGCUAACGAACUAGCAAGACGCCUAAAGGAAGAUGGUGUGGAUAUAACUGCAAAUUCACUUCACCCAGGAACAAUUGCCACCAAUCUUUUCCGCCAUAUCAAUCUGGGUCCUGUUGCCGGGCUUGUUAAUAUCUUUGGUAAGAUUGCACUUAAAAACGUCCAGCAGGGAGCUGCCACAACAUGCUAUGUGGCGUUGCCACAAGUGAAGGGUAAAAGUGGUGAGUAUUUCAAGGACAGUAAUAUGGGGAAAGCAAGCGAGCAUGGAAGGAAUGUUGAGUUGGCCAAGAAACUCUGGGAUUUCAGCAUGAAGAUGGUUAAAUGAGAAAUAUAUAGGCAAUAACAGUCGCACCUCAACAAGGUUUAUGUAUAUUGAACCAGUGUGAUGGAGCUAAUAAUUUUACAACAAUCAGUAGUAUUGUGUUGAUAA